CAUAACAGACGCAUUGAUGAAACAAUUCACGGCAGUGCAACGACUGCGAGUUUGAGUUGAAAUUAAAUGCAGCACAGACUCGCAGGGACUCAAUCUAGCGAACGGGAGAAAGAUGCAGCGAGACAAAACUAGCAAUGCCGGUGGGGCUGAAAAGCCCGACCGGGAGGCCGCCAUAAUGUCGAAAUACUACGAUGGAGUUGAAUUUCCAUUCUGUGAUGAAUUCUCCAAAUAUGAAAAAAUGGCAAAAAUAGGACAGGGGACCUUUGGGGAGGUGUUCAAAGCAAAGCAUAGACAAACUGGGAAGAAGGUCGCACUGAAGAAAGUUCUGAUGGAAAAUGAGAAAGAAGGGUUCCCAAUCACAGCUCUGCGAGAGAUCAAGAUACUGCAGCUGCUCAAACAUGAGAAUGUGGUCAAUCUGAUUGAGAUCUGCAGAACCAAAGCUACCCAGUUCAACAGAUACAAAGGCAGCAUCUACCUGGUUUUUGACUUCUGUGAGCACGAUCUUGCCGGGCUGCUGAGCAAUGCCAAUGUAAAGUUCACGUUGGCAGAGAUCAAGAAGGUCAUGCAGAUGUUGCUCAAUGGAUUGUAUUACAUUCACAGGAACAAGAUUCUUCACAGAGACAUGAAAGCAGCCAACGUGCUCAUCACCAGAGACGGUGUCCUGAAGCUGGCUGACUUUGGUUUGGCUCGAGCCUUCAGCCUGGCUAAAAACAGCCAGGGGAACCGCUACACCAACCGUGUGGUCACACUCUGGUACAGACCUCCAGAGCUGCUGCUGGGUGAGCGAGACUAUGGCCCCCCCAUUGACCUGUGGGGAGGGGGCUGCAUCAUGGCAGAGAUGUGGACCAGAAGUCCCAUAAUGCAAGGCAACACUGAGCAGCACCAGCUCACUCUCAUCAGCCAGCUUUGUGGCUCCAUCACCGCUGAGGUGUGGCCUGGUGUGGAUAAGAAGUAUGAGCUUUACCAGAAAAUGGAGCUGCCUAAAGGCCAAAAGAGGAAAGUGAAGGAUCGUCUCAAAGCGUACGUCAAAGACCCAUAUGCUCUGGAUCUGAUAGACAAACUCCUGGUCCUGGACCCGGCACAGCGCAUAGACAGUGACGACGCGCUCAACCACGAUUUCUUCUGGUCCGACCCCAUGCCGUCAGACCUGAAGAACAUGCUCUCCACCCACAACACAUCCAUGUUUGAAUAUCUUGCCCCGCCCAGACGGAGAGGCCACAUGCCGCAGCAGCAGCCGAAUCAGAACAGAAACCCAGCCACGACCAGUCAGACAGAGUUUGAUCGAGUGUUUUAGUGGCUGAAGAAGCUCAUGAACUAGUAGUUUGCAUGAAUGGACUCUUUGUUAAAUAACAAAUGUCAGCUUCCCGGCUGUCCUAAUAUUGAACAAAGCUUCACAUUCCUUUUUGUUUGAGGUUUGGUGGACAUUACCGGGAGAUCUGUACAGUUUAUUUGUAUGAUCAUAGAUGUGUGUGAGUUUACGGCAGAGGAUUCAGGUUGUUUGGGCUGAUGAGGGACACGACUGUGAUGUUCAGAAUCUAUCAGAACCCUUUGCCGAGUUCAUAUGCUUCAGAUUUCUACUUUUCUCCGGAUGAGAAGAGAUGGAUCCUCAAAUCUAUGGACAAUGGCGUUGGUUAAACACGGCUCCUGUUAGUUUUAAUUUUGAUGCUUAUGUUUUCAGUGAGUCUGGAAUUUUAUUUUAUUUACAUUUUAUCCAGAGGUGGUUGUCAUUCAAAAGGGUCACAAAAUUCUGUCAUUAUCUAUCAUUGCCUAUUCUUUUAAGUUUUUAAAGAUAAUGUGACAUAACAUAUUUAAUAGAAUUUAUGGCAUAGCAUUUAAUCGCUUGCCUUGCAACAUUAGCUGUUGCUGGCUGAUAAUUACUUAGAAUUACUUGCUUGCCCUUCAUCUUUGUCUGCAUCCGUCCCUCUUUGUUCACUUCAUUUAUACCGCAUCACAAUUAAUGGGCUUUCUAAAGAAACUCUGGACACUCAGCUGCUAUGACAGUCUAGCUAUGUCGGUCGUGAGGUCACUAGCUAUGUCGUGUAUUUAUAAUGACAAAAUGACAAACUUUUAUUUAAACCAUUUUACAAGGACAACACCCACAUUUGUGAACACAUGUCCAAACGUGACAUAGCCAAAGUAAAAUUAUUUUACCAUAA